AUGGAAAAACUCAGAAGGAAAUUUAACCAGCGGUUCCUCUUGCGUCUCUUCUGGACGCUUUUUUAUCGAAGGCAACAACUCGGAAUAGUGGACAAGGGUGUUUCCUGCCGAGCCGGCCUCCUCGACAAUCUCGGACGAGCUUUCAUCAAAUUGCAGAAAUGCCCAAGCCUCAACCAGGCACUGCCCAAAAUUCGAUGUUCUAUUAAAAAUACUACCGUUUGGCGUGAUCGAACUCCUAUCAACGUUGUUCCUUCGCUUUACAAGAUGUAG